UAACCAGGCAUCCAAAAGCUUCCCGGUGCUUGGCACAGAUUCGGGAAGGGAAGAAAGAUAAGUCUUUGACUCCACCCAAGCACACCUGUUUUAAGUAAAGCUGGACAGGUACAAAUAUGAGAAGUCUGCUCGUCCAGAUCCAUACCUGCCUGCUCCUCUUCUCUGCUCCUCUGCAUUCCUGAAGACAUGAAGGCCACAAUGCUCUUCAUUGGGCUUCUUGGACUCUGCAUCACUCCUGGUUUUGCCAACUAUAAUAUCAACGUCAACGAUGACAACAAUGUUGCUGGAAGUGGGCAGCAGUCAGUGAACAUCAAUAAUGCCCACAACGUGGCCAAUGUUGACAACAACAACGGGUGGGACUCCUGGAAUUCCCUCUGGGACUAUGAAAAUGGCUUCGCUGCAACCAGACUCUUUGCCAAGAAGUCGUGCAUUGUGCACAAAAUGAACAAUGACGUCAUGCCCUCUCUUCAAGCCCUUGAUGCUCUAGUCAAGAAGAGGCAGGGACCAGGAGGCCCCCCUCCAAAGGUUCUGAGGUACUCCGUCAACCCUAACCAAGUUGAUGAUCUGACCAAAUAUGGACAAAACAUUGCUGGCAUGUGCCACGGGCUUCCAACCUACAUGGCUGAAGAGAUUCCAGGACCAAAUCCACCUUUUUACUCAGAAAAGUGCUACGAUGCUAAUAUACUCUGGAUUCUGAACAUUUCCUUCUGUGGAUCAACCCUGCAAAACAAAUAAAAAAAAAAAAAAGGAAGCCAUUAAAUCAUCAGAGUAUGCUGUUAGGAAGGAAAAACAUGGUCUGAUGAUUUUUGUCCUGUCCUUCUGAUA